CUCUCCUCCCUCUCUCACAUCACUCCUCUGACAGAGAGCGGACAGUCGCCCACAAUAACAGGCUCUAUAGCAGCCUCUGGCUUAUCUCAUCUCCGCGGAUCGCUCCCGGUGCCGACCCGUACCGGCUGCUUCCCCCCUCUGUAUCAUCUAAAUCACACACACACUCACACAGAAGCAAAAGAAAGAGAGAGAAUGAGAGAUGCGGUCGUGUUUCACUUUCUUUGCUUCCAAGGAGCCGUAUCUCUCACAUCUUUCCCCCGGAUCUUUGUUUCUGGACGGCAGGCUGCGGCUGCGUAAUGCUCCGCAGCAGUGGAGGCAGCAGAUGCGUUGAGCAACCCAGCUCAUAGAUGUAUCUCUCCACGGUGACCACGGCCUGAUGCUGAAAUCCCUACAUUCAUGAGAAGGCAUCAGGAAGCAGAUUACUGAGGGAUUAAACGCAUGCACACUUAUGCACAUGCACACACAGAGAGAACCACAGUUCCGGGAUUUGUCCGCUGUCCAACUGUGGAUCUCUUGCUGAAUGAACUUGUCUGACUGACUGACUCUGGUACCAUGGAAGAAGAGGAGGAGCUGAUAGAGACUCAUUGAAUUUAACUCACGUAACCCCACCUCCUUUCCCCCUGCCUCACCGUCAAAAGGCUUUGACUGGUCGAUAAGGAUUACAGAUUUAUUACAAACACAGUGGAGACAGAGAGGAGUGCAGAGCCGGGCGUCCGCCUGCUGCUGUCCCAUGAUGCAUCUACACAUGUAAGAGCAGGAUCAGCCACACAGAGGGCUGUUUCUAUGGAUACCCCUGCCCUGGGUAGUAUUAAUAAGACUCACUGAUAUCCUGACUAUCUGCGCGUGAACAAAAUACAGUGAGAAAUUAGAAGUGCAUCGCUGCGGCAGACUAAAGCAUCAGAUAGCGUCUUUGGAGCAGAGAGAGACAUCAUCAAAAGCAAAAAAAUGUUGAAGGAGAAUAUGUUAUUUUUAAACAUGUAGGCUCGACUGUAGACGCUUUACACUCCUUGUCCUAAACACCUCAAAGGGUUUUUUUAAAAUGUGAUACCUCAGCAGGUUCAGUAAAAGGAUGAUUUAAUAAGAAUCUGCCCACACAGGACCAGAAGAGGAGGUGAACAUGAUGCACAAAGGCAGUUCUUAGGCCUGAAGGAAAUAUCUUCUCCUCUAACCCGCUCAUGAUUCUGACAACAGCUCGAAAUUCUGGAUAAAAUACUGGAACUUUUGUGGGCUCCUAAAACUACCACCACCUUUCACCAAACUAGCUGUGUGACUGAAUUUUGGUCUUGUCUACAUGAGAACAAACAUCUGCGUGCACCAGCUACCUAGACAAAAAUCAGGUCUUUAUUUAAGGUUCUGGACUCACCAGCAAAAUGUGACAUCAUGUGUACAAGACAAUAGCAAAGCACUUUUAGUCAAGCUUGAGGUACCUGGAAUCAUCUGUCAUCUCUCCCUAACACAUCCACACUGAGCUAUCAUGGCUCGACAAGACAUCCCCCUCUUCCUCCACGGCUUCGACCUGGGCGGCCACUUUGUUGACCUCCGACCUCUCGGCACAGGUGUUACAGGCCUGGUUCUCUCAGCUGUGGACCAGCGCAAAGGACAGCGUGUGGCAAUCAAGAAGCUGGUGAUGCGUGAUGCCGUGACGGUGAAGCACGCUCUGCGGGAGGUCAGAAUCACUCACCGGCUGCACCAUGAGAAUGUAGUGAGGGUUCAUGAGGUGUUGGCGCCGUAUGGACGACCGCUGCCCAGAGACCCGGCCCAGCUGAGCGCCCUGUACAUCGUUCAGGAGUGCAUGGAGACGGAUCUGGCUCGGCUGCUGGAGCAAGGACCGCUAUCCACAGGUCAUGCUACUCUGCUGUUCUACCAGCUGCUGAGGGGACUGAAGUUCAUCCAUUCAGCCAACGUCCUGCACAGAGAUCUGAAGCCUGCCAACAUAUUCAUCAACACCGACCAACUGCUGCUCAAGAUAGGAGACUUCGGGCUGGCCAGGAUAGUCGACCCUCAUUAUUCUCACAAGGGCUAUCUGUCCGAGGGUCUGGUAACUAAGUGGUACUGUUCCCCCCGUCUGCUCUUGUCCCCCAACAACUACACCAAGGCCAUCGACAUGUGGGCCGCUGGCUGCAUACUGGCUGAGAUGCUAACUGGACGCAUGCUGUUUGCAGGAGCUCAUGAGCUGGAGCAGAUGCAGCUGAUUCUCGACACAGUGCCAGUGCUGAGGGAGGAGGACAGGCAGGACCUGCUACAGGUGAUGCCUUCAUAUGUCAGUCAUGGAUGGAGAGUCAAGAAACCCUUCUCUGAAUUGCUGCCUGAAGUGGAUGCUCAGGGUGAGCUGAGGGGAUUGAGAAGUGCUGUGGAUUUCCUUGAGCGUAUCUUGACCUUUAACCCGAUGGAUCGGCUGACGGCUGAAGCAGCGCUGUCGCACCCCUUCCUCCAGCAGUACUCCUGUCCUGAGGAUGAGCCCACCUCGUUGCACCCCUUCCGCAUCGAAGACGAACUGGAGGACAACCUUGUUACCGAGCAGAGCCUCAGCAACAGCAACAGUCAGGCCUCCAGCAUCCACUGGGAGAGGUACGAGACCAGUUUAUCAACAGAUGUGUCCUGGCAGCAGUCAGGAGGGGGGUGUCACUGCAUGCCGCCUGGCCACAUGACGUCUGACAUGGGAGACACCACAGAGGAAGAGGAGGUGCAGAGAGACCCCCGGGCCAGUUCCAACUCACUGUUAGAGGAGGCGCAGGUCGACCCACGCAAGUAUUCCCACAGCAGCUCAGCAGAACGCUUCCUGGAGAACUCACACUCCUCUCUGGAACGAGCCUGUGGUUUGGGGUACGGGGAACUGGACUGUGGCCGCUCCUGUGACUACAAAGUGGGAUCCCCUUCAUAUCUCGAUAAAAUUGCCUGGAGGGAGGGCAAGCCUCAACACUACUCAGAGCCUAAGUUGAUCCUGGAUCUUUCUCACUGGAAGCGCAACACCACCAGCCUCCCUGUGCCUGCUGAGCCUAUUGGGGGCAGCGUGGAGGACUUAGGGGAGAUGAAAGAGGAGGAGGCGGAAGAGGAAGAAGAGGAGGAGACGGGGGAUUUAUUCCAAGAGAUCUCUCGCUGGGUGGAGAGCACCCAGUCUCGCUUGCACUCACCCAGUCCCAGUCCUUCUUUGGAGCAACGUUCACCCUCCUGCUACACCUCCUCUCCCCCUCUCCCACUCUCCCCGACUGACCUUCCAACUCCAGUCUUCCACUACACGGAAGUUGUGCAGCACCCAUCAGCUGAAUUCGAUGAAGACAGACUGAGCCCACUUCAGCCUGUCACAUCUUCCUCUAAUUCCCUUCCCUCACUCCUCCCUUCAUCUCCCACCUCUCCACUUCCUGUUGAGUCACCUCAAACAGCGUCUCCCCCCAUCUCGCCACUUUUUCCUCCCACAGAAUCUCAACCUCUUUCCUCUACGUCCUCCAUUUCUCAGCCGGUAAACGAUGAACCUGUGGAGUCACUUCCUGUCAAGCAAAAGGAGCGGCUGUUUGACCUGGACGUGUUCAUAUCCCGAGCACUGAAACUGUGCAGGCAGAAUAAGGAUAAAGCAGAUGGGAAGAAGGGAAAAGACGGAGGAUGGAGGGAAGAAAGCAAACAGCAGAACAUUACCCGAAAGGUUCCUAGGCUUCCAGAGCACAGGACUCCACCACCACCACAGACUCCCAACUCUUGAUGUUGAAUUUCAACUUCAGGUCCACCACAGUAUAACACCAUAAUGGGUAGCACUUCCAAAUGCUCAUACUGCUUUACGUAGUGAGGGGUGAAGAUGCUGCUUAAACAUUAGACCUUAGUGUUAGCGGUCUUUUCCCUACUAUUGCAAUGACACGCUACACGCUGUGACUAAAACCCUCACUUAAACAAGCAAUCCUGCAGCUUUGUCAAGAGGUGCUCUCAGGCAAUAAGAGGUCAACAAGCAUUUGGGUUCGGAUAUGAAUAACCAUGCUUAGCAUUGCAAAAUCAAGGGUUUGUUCUACAUGAGAAUACUUAGAAAUAAUUCAGCUAAUUGAUGAUCAUGGUGUUUGUGAUGCACUGUCCUUUGUCGAGUUAAAGAUAGGUCGAAACUUGACUUGAUAGCAGCUUAUUCUGCGACAUAAACAUCCACAAAUAACAUGAGUUACCCAGACUAUUGUGCACUGGUUAACAGUAACCUACUGGAGAGGGAUCACUUGUAUUGAUUCCUCGCUGUGUGUCAGUAAAUCUUUUGAAAAGUCAGACAGUCUUCCAGAGGUGAUGUUCACCGAAUAACGAUAACGACACGGGAAAUGCUUUUUCCAAGUUUCUCUGAAUGUAUUAACUGAAAAAUAAUCAGUCAAAUUAUGCUACAUGGUGAAAUGUAGGGAUUUUAUUUGUUGCUGUUCUAACACUCCCGUGGUGACUCACUGAGCUCCGUCACUGCUACAUGCCUUGUAAACUUGUAUAAAUCUGUUGUCAUAUUUAAUUCUACGGUAUAAUUCUGACGACUGUUGUUAAUGAUGUUCUUGUGUCUGACGUAUUCUUUGCUGAAUGCUAGAGCACAGUUUUCUGUUUAUUUGGUGUGAGUUUUAUUUUGUUUAAAUGUGGAAUGCUCUAUCGUAAUAAUUUAUGCUCUGGUUCAGUCAUGAAUAGUUUCAUAUUCUGUCUCCCUGAUGCACCAAACAAGGUCAUCUUCUGCUGUACACUCACUGAAAAGAUACUGUCUUUAUCUGUACAUGACAGCCAGAUAUCUGUCACCAUUUUGCUCACUGAAAUGUUAGCCACAGAAAGCUAUAUUGCAAACAACAGUAGCUUAUAUUUUGGAGAAUGUAGAUCCUUUACAACCUUUAUAGGAAAUGAUUUGUACUUAAAAACUCCUCAAUGCUGCCCAGUAGCCAUAUUGAUAUAUGGAACAGAAGAUAACCAAAACGUAUAUUUUGAAAUACUUUUCUGUUCAGUGCGUCACAGUAGACCCUCAGAAUGUUCUUUAUUCUGGCAUCUGAUGUCUCCCCUCCAAGGUAACCAAAUCAGGUAAAAGAUACAGGAAGAUGUAAGUUCUGAAGGUUGUUGGCUUGUGCCUCGUACUUUGUUAAUCAUGUACAUCUGACAUUCACUUUACUCAUCAAACUGAGAAGCUCAUAGUGAGCACUGGCGCUCCUGCAAAUUUUUCAUAGGGGUCGCCAGAGGGGGCCACUGAAAAUCCAACCAAAAGUCAUAACUGAAUAUCAAGAAUUCCAUUAUGCUGUUUUAGUAGUCUACAGGCUGGUUGAAAACUAUGUCAAUAUGGAGAGUUAAGGAAUAGCAUGCUAAUGUACUUUGGUUGCUAGUUUGACAGUUAAUAUUACUAAUUAUCUGAUGUUUCAUUGUUCAUUCAUUUUCUGUAACCGCCGAUCCUGUUAGGGCUUAUCAGGGGGCUGGAGCCUAUCCCAGCUGACAUUGGGUGAGAGGUAGGGUACACCCUGGACAGGUCGCCAGACUAUCACAGGGCUGACACACAGAAACAGACAACCAUUCACACUCACAUUCACACCUACAGCCAAUUUAGAGUCACCAGUUAACCUGACGUGCAUGUCUUUGGACUGUGGGAGGAAGCUGGAGAACCCAGGAAAACCCAUGCUGACAGGGAGAACAUGCAAACUCCAUACAGAAGGGCUCCCCCACCCCGAACCCUCUUGGUGUAAGGCAACUAUCCUGUUUUGAUUUGUUAUGAAUCUGUACAUGUGUUAGGGGAUUCAUUGUUGGCUAUCCUUUUAUUUAAAAAGACAAAUAUACAGAUUUAUUUUAAGGAGUACAUUGAUUGUAAGGAGCAAAACAUUAACUGGAGAAAAGUCCUCUCAAGUUUACUUAUGGGUACCCACAGAAUAUCUUUUUUCAUUCAGAUAUCUUCAAGUGAGAGUUCAACCCCUUUGAAAAUGGUCAUGUCAGUUUUUCCCCUUGUCAAAAUUUUGGCCAAAUUUGGAGGGUUAUUUAGCCCCCUUCCCGACAAGCUAUGCCGACACAGGUGGUACCAAUUGAUGCCUUGAUGUCUAGUUUGGCAAGAUACCAUUACCUUUGUAAUAGCUUGAAAAAUGAGGGCGCCACAGCCUCUUAAAGAUAGUUUGGUCAGGAACACUUUAGUCAAACAAAACUUUAUUUUCAUUUGCAGUAUUAUAUUUGAUGGUAUGGCUCUGUCUGGGAGAGCAUGCCUCCCUGCCCUUCCAUGUGCCUACAUGGAAAGCCUAAGGCAGGGACAGCAGCAGCAAAGACCCCCUGGGAACAGAUCAGAGCAGCAUCAAUGACAAACAGAAGUGACAUUGGUAAAUCAGACACAGCAUGAAAAGGAGGAGCUGGGGUGGAGGUGGGUUGCAAAGCAGCUUGCAGAGGAAGCAGCAACAGUAGGCAGGCCAGAGCAGUUUAAAUAGUGCAUCCUGAAUGAGAUCGGCCAAUUGGUUGCAUAGAAAGGAAUCAUGUGAUCUAUCAGCUGACUCCCUUUCAUCAAUCGUCUGCUCCAUCAGUUGAUUGGGCUGUUUGAGAUCAGCUGAUGUAGCUUGGAUGUGAGCUGAGCUUGACAUGUGUCCUGCCUGAACUAAUGCUAUGCUCAAUUAAUGUUGGUCUCUAAUCAUUUUUGCAAGUGGGGCUAGUGGGGGCGCAGCAACUUUACCAGCCCCCUGCCCCCGUUCCCCCCCUUGGGGACGUCACUGAUCUUUUUUUUUUUAAUCAAAAAAAAAAAAAAAAAAAGGAUAUAGAAAUAGCAUUAAAAUUAUUCUGUUGUGCUAGUGCCAUAAAAGAAAUGUGCUUAAAUCCAUGUAAUUCUGUAACAUGGAAGAAAUGGGCUUUCGCCAUCCCUGGUUUCACUGUUUAACAUAUAGUGCUCAGUUGUGGCUGUACCACAUGUGUACAGUCUAUGUGCUGUACAUACCACAAGGGUCCGGCUAUUAGUAUGCCAGAGGCACAACACUGAGAUGCAUAAACACACUGCCAGCAGCACAGCUACAGUACAACACCACAGAAGGUACAACACCACAGAAUCUGUUUGGUGUUUUUUUUCAGUCAAGCAUCUGAUACCUAUUCUGAUGACACUGACCUCCAGUCAGUGUCUUCAGAAAGUCUUUCAUACAGCAAAGCAGCAGCUGUGUCCCUUUAUCUGCUGUUGUCAGCUGUUAACUGUUAAAGCUCAUGUGAAGUGGGUCUAAAAGUGAGCAGAUCAUCACUUGCACAACAUCGUAUGAGCCAUAUGUGAGAGUUGCUGGCAGUACAACCAACCACUCAGCGAAGCCAGGUGUAUUAUUUCAUAUUCAAAGUAGACAUGAAGCACAUUUAGAGUCACUAGCACAUUUAGAAACGCAGGUUCUCCUCUGUGAAAACUGAAACUGUCACACUGUUGAUUUUUAUCAGUAACAUAGCUCUAAGGUUUUAACCCUGCUUGAGCUGGACUGCUGGACUAACUGACAGAAGUGUUCAAGUAAAGAAAAAGUUUGAUCCAGAGCCAUUUAUCUCUUUGUAGAAAUAGAUAGAAGCUAUGCUGCAGUCAAACUAAUGAAAAGGAGUCUAGUUUUUACAUACACAGGUCUACUGAUCACAUUUUGCAUUAUACAGUUUUCUCUGCAGGUAACCUAAGCCAGCAAUAACAUCACUGACAAAUAACACUAACAUACUGUAACACACGUGGUUACUGAGCCGAAGUUAAAUCUUUAAAGUGUGUGAAGAAAUGUAGAAAAUGUGCCUCAGUACACCUCGAUGCUUCCAGCUUGCUGAAUGUAACAUAUCCUUUCCCUUCUGCAUGGCUUUCACAACUACUCAAAAAUAGCUUUGUUGUUUUUACUGUGUCACUUUUUCGGACGGUCAUAUUUCUGUGGGCUUUUAUUUCUUUUGUACUCGCUUUGAGAGGGACCUCAGCUUUUCAUUGGAGAAGAGCUGUGAGGUUUUUAAAUGCUCAAUAUUGAUUGAUAGUUUCUCUUUUUGCAGUUUCUGUUUUUGCUGAAAAA